CCGCACCUAACUGCAACUCGAGAGAUCAAGGUAUCUUCAAUGACAGUUUUCAGUUCUUAAAAUCCGUUGGUUGAACUUAUUGAAUGUGGACUUCGACGGGUUCUUCCAAGCCCAUCAUGGGCUUUACUAAAAGUAAAGAUUUUAUUUGGGUUUAUUUUUUAUACAGUUCUAUUUAUUUUAUUAUAUUUUAACUAGUAUAUUAAUUUAUCAGCUUAUAAUCGAUUUAGUUCAUUAGAUUUUUAAUUUAAAUAUAAGCAUUUGUUGUUUAAAAAAAAAGACGUAAUGUUUUUCUUCAACUGAUGGUUUGGCAUCAAAAUCAAUCUUUGUUAAGGAAGAGUCGAUAAGGAUUUUUAAAAUGAAUCCAUGUUUCUACCUUAACAAAAUCCAACAUCUUCAACAGAUACUUGCUCGAGAAAAUAUAUGCAAGGCAAGUUUCUUUAGUCAACAACGGUACUUAGAUUUGAUCAAUCUCUCUCUAUCUGUGAGAACCCUGCCAAAAGUGGGGACAGAUGAGUCAUGUCAAAUAUUUAUACAAGCAUUGAUCUACAUUCUAGGUCAAUAAUUAAUUAUAUGGGAAAUGUAAAUGCUCGUAAUACCAUAGGCCGUUAUGCUCUUAUCAUUGCUUUUGUGCAUAAAUAAAAAUAAGGUAUCAAGGUGUCAUAUAGAGUGUACAACAAACUUUAGCCCCACAAGUUGUCAUUUUCUUUGGAAGAAACAUUGAGAUCAACUUCUAUUUUUGUAUUAGUUUGAAUUCAUCAUAUAGUUUCAUUGGAUUUUAUCACAAGAGGAAUCUCAUAAGAUGCAGAAUGAGUGGUUGUUUUCCUUGGAGGGGGGCUACCUAUCUAUCUAUCUUUCAAUCUUUGUCACUUAGUGUCGUUAUUGUAGGGACAAGCAAAAAAAACUUAUCGACAAAAAGCUCCAUUAAUUGGAGACAUAUCAAGACUCAAAUCACAUGAUUUUCUUGAAGCUGUGAAAGUUGUCUGAAUGUGAACAUCAGUCUCACCAUAAAACUCCAUAGUAGUUCUUUGUCAAUGCGAUUCAGUAUCGUUUUCCAAACCCCUUUAACUAGUACCUGAUUGCAAUGUAACAAUUUUGUAAAUGGACCCCACGAAUCCCUGUGACGACGAAUAAUCGGUUUAACCGUACCGGAAACACUCGGAUAAUUGGGAUAAUCCCUUAAAUUCAUUUUCCUAUUAGAGACGGGCCCAUACACGACCCAAGAACGGCCCAGUAAUAAGAUUGUUAUUGCGAACUUUGAUUUUUGUAGAGAGCACUUUUCGCUUUCUUCUUUAACCGUCGUUUCAUCCAAAAAGCCACUCCUUCGAGUGUGACGACGGACGGCCAUUAUCGCGAGGUUUCACGGGGGAGAAAAGAAGAGAAGAAAAAACUUAUCAUCGUUAAGAUCUUCAGAAAUUGAUCGGUGCGCACGACGUCUCUGGAGUUUGUAUUAUUAUACAAUCAUGGACACUGAUAAUACUACUACUGAGCAAAGUAACAGAGAGGUAGUACCACCUCGCCUUCAUCUGAGGCCAGUAAGGCCAAUGGAAUCCGGCAUAGGCCUACCUUACGCACCUGAAAACUGGCCUAAGCCUGGAGACACGUGGCGCUGGAAAGUAGGACCGAGAAUCACCGGUAAAGGAACCUUUCUGGACCGCUACUUAUACCCUCCCAAGCAUCUCCCCGGUUUAUCCAACACUGAAACAUUGCGGAAAGGCACCGCCUUUAGGAGCAGGCUCUCUCUUGAACGCUACAUUCGCUUAGCCUUCCCUGAUGCAGAUGUUCGCAAGUUCUUUGCUUCUUUCAGCUGGGCUGUACCCAGCACAGAUGGUAUGAAGCGGUCUAUAUUGCCAGUGUAUACCUCAGAUGAAGAUCCAAUGGAUGCUAACGUAUCUGACAUUAUGGUUUGUAAGGCUGGUAAUGACAAAUGCGGCAGCCUGAUGCCACCACCGAGUGAAACCGAGCCAAUGCCUUGUGACAUUUGCUGUAGCGAGCCUAGUUUCUGCACUGACUGCUCUUGCAUCCUCUGCUGUAAAUCGAUAAGCGUGGAGCAUGAAGGUUACAGCUACGUUAAAUGCGAAGCUGUGGCUUCCGAGGGUCGUGUAUGUGGACAUGUUGCUCAUAUCAACUGCGCUCUUCGAGCUUACAUGGCUGGAACCGUUGGAGGCAGCAUUGGGUUGGAUGCUGAGUACUAUUGUAGGAGAUGUGACGCCAGAAAGGACUUGGUUCCGCAUGUUAACAGGUUCCUGGAGAUUUGUAAGACUGUAGAGUACCAAGGCGAUGUGGAGAAGAUCCUCAAUCUCGGUAUUUGCGUCCUGCGUGGCUCGCAGAGAGUGGAUGCUAAGGAGCUGCUCAACUGUAUCGAAUCAACGGUCAUCAAGCUUAAGUGUGGCACUAGCUUGGAAGAUCUUUGGAAUGAUGAUACACCAACUAUAUGGUCAGAUUUCUCUGAGAGUGGAGAAGGUAAAGACAAUGAUGAUGCAGUGCAAAGUCUACAAGACGUGACACCGAUAGAGCCUAUGCCAUUCAAUCACGAGGCAGAGAUGCACAAGCUCGAGGAAGAGAUCCGUGAGGUUUUAAAAGCGCUGAGAGAAGCUCAGGAAUCAGAGUAUCAGAUCGCUGAAGUCAGACUUCAUGCUCAGAAAGAAUGUCUUGGUGAUCUGUAUAGGCAACUUGAGGAGGAGAAGUCAGAGCUGUCGAGGCGUGUGUCAGGCUCAGAUGCAGAUAGCUUGAUGACUAAUGUGUUGAAGAGAUUGGAUCAGAUAAGAAAAGAAGUGACAAAGCUUAAGGAGAUGGAGGAAGUGGCUAAAGGAUUUGGCAGGACGCCUAAAGGAAUCCUUGAAGAGUACUUUCAUCUAACAAUCGAGGAGUAGAGAGACAUCAAAUAAGCAUUAGCAACAAUUAUAAAUUGUACAUUCGUCGUUGUGACAUUGUCUGCUAAGUUCCUGUUGGAUUCUUCAUCAUGUACCCAAGUUUUGCUUCACCGUUAUACAUAAUCAUCUUGCUUAA